GAUUGAGGGAGUUCAGGUUCAUGGUUGAUAAGUUCAUGAUAGAACUUUGUAUAAAAGAUGGUCGAUUGGGUAAAAAAAAUUGAGUUGAGCGCAGGAUGUUUGGGCUUGUGUUCACGCUCGCUGCUUUGGCAGCAACCGCUUCUGCAUCUGGAUACGUCAAUGGCAGAGAAUACAUUUAUGCUUACAAGGGACAGAUAUACUCGGGAUAUCCUAGAAUUAAGCCACAAUACAGCGGUUAUGCCUUUCAUGCGAAGGUGAUUGUACAACCCCAUGAAGAUUAUGCGGUGAUCAAGGUAGACGACACUCAAAAAGCUCAAUUCAAUGGUGAAUUUGAAAACGUCUUCAAGCAUCCACAUGCGUAUGGGCCUAUGCCAAGUCACGCCGCAUUUUUAUCCAAUCCUUUCAAAGUCUACAGAAAGAAUGGAAUCGUCACUCAUUUCGAGGUUGAAGCAGGAGAACCCAUGUUUUCAGUCAACUUGAAGAGGGGUCUUGCCAGUCUUUUCAAUCUCAACCUUGAAGCUCCUGAAACGACUCCUACUUUUGAAGACAAUGACAUUCAGCGAUCUGAUCCAGAUGCACAUUAUUUUAAAGUUUAUGAACAAGGCAUGCUGGGAGACUGCGAAACAGCUUAUGGCAUCGAACAUCAUCCUCAUUACAGAACUCCAUACAACAAUAUCGUCCUAAACGUCACUAAAGUCCGCAACUAUCACAAGUGCAAUUCAGCUCCAAAUCAAGUCUAUUCGACAUUUUAUGGUCAUGAAUGUGGUGCAGCUGAUCAUGAGAAAGCGCACACACUACACGGUAAUGCUCAAUAUCAUUAUGACAUCCGUGGAUAUCGUCAUCAUUACGUCAUUGAGAAAAUUAUGACAGUUGGAGAAGUAGCCUAUUCGCCCUACCCUGUCCACGGUCAAACAGUUGCUACUUAUACUAAUCGCUUCUUGACACUCAUCGACGAAAAAGAAGUUACCACUCCACUUGAAAUGGGUAGUGAUGUGGUGACUCAUGACUCUUUGAUGUAUCAAUUCGAGUUCCAAAAGAACUUCAAGGAUCCAGUCGAUCUGAAGAAACCACAUUACUUGUUCCAUUUGACAGGAAGGAAAGUUCCAGUCGAUGUGAUAAAGAGCCAAUUUGAUGAGCUUAAUCAAGUCUAUAGUGAUUCGAGCUAUGAAGAGAAAUUCAAAGACAAAAAUUUUCCCGCCAAAUUCGUAGAGCUUCUAAGGUCAGUAGGAACUAUUGGUUAUGAGGAGAUCGAAGAUUUAUACAAAAAAUAUGGAGAUAUGCCCAAAACUGGAUCACCAGAACAGAAGAAAUACAGAACACUUUUCGUCGAUACACUUGCCCAAUCCGGAACAAACCCAGCCCUUCUUUUCGGAAAGUUUUUGAUUGAAAACAAAAAGUUGACAGUAGAUGAAUCGGCUUAUUUGCUAGCAAAACUGCCUUAUCAUAUCAAAGAAGUCAGUGAGACUCUCUUGGAUGGACUUCAACAACUUUGUGACCAUAACAAUGUGAAGAAGAAUCCUAAACUGUACAUGUACUGUUUGUUAUCAUUCAGUAGCAUCAUCUACGAUCACUGCGUGGCUAGGUUUCACCCGGAGGGUAUUCCACCAGCAAAGAACGUCAAAACAUGCCAACCUGAGGAUGCCAUCAAAUACUUUGAUCAUGUUGCCAGAUUAUUUGAACAAGCUCCAGACGAAAAAUCAAAAGAGUUGUUCUUAAAAGCCAUGGCAAAUAUUGGAUUGCGUGAAAUCGUACCACAUGUUAGAUCUUACGUUGAUGGAUCUACCAAAAGCUCUCCUUUCUUCAGAAGCAUGGCUAUGUGGUCUAUAAAACAUGUAGGAUUCAGAUUCCCUGAUAAGGCAAGAGAAAUACUGGUUCCAAUAUUGUUCAAUCAAACAGAAAACUAUGAAGCGAGACUUAAUGCGUUCAAUAUGUUGAUGAUGUACCGACCUCAACAGUAUGAAAUGGAAGGUCUAGCCCGAGCUCUUAUAUUUGAUCAAGAUGAUCAGUUUAAAGCCUAUGUCUAUUCCGCUCUCAAAUCACGUGUCAAUUCUACUCACCCUUGCGAUAGAUCAAUAUCGAAAAUUGCUCUCUCUGCUUUAAGAAUACUCGAAACGCACCAUCAUCAGUUUGCUAAAUACGACUACACCUUUUCACGAAGUAACUACGUAGCUGGUUAUGAUCCAAAUUAUGAUUUCGGAGGGUCUACAGAAUUCGCUUACUAUGCCAGUGAUAAAGGCUAUAUUCCACAUACUAUGUAUCUUGGACUGGAAGACUUUUUAGGAGGAAAAUCUUUUCAUGGCAUUGGUCUAGGAAUGAGACAGUAUGGAUUAGAGAAAUUCUUAGAUAACAUUAUAGGCCCUGAAGGUAGCCUCGGACGAAGAUCUUUCUUCGAUCUCUUCAAGAAACGUGCCAAAAGAGACACCGAUGCCGUGGAAAAAGAACUUAACGAGAUUAAAUCAAAAAUUAAUCUCCCAGUGCAUAAUUAUGGGCCUAUUUUGGGAGAGAUCUUUUUCAGUUACAUGGGAACUCAACGUUCUUUCUUCCGUUUCGAUGAUAAGACAUUUGAAGACUUCUUCAAGCAAGGUCGCUUUACCAUUCCGAAUAUACCAGCCAUGUUGCAACGCAUUCCUGAAUUUUUCUACCAGCGAUUUAUGCUGACUAUUGACCAAUUCUACGUCAUUCCUAGUGAAGCUGGACUGCCAAUAUACUUUGAUUACAAACAGCCAGCUUAUUUAUAUUAUAAGAACAAGGAUACUAGCUUUAAGGUGGAGCCCGGAUUCUUUGCUGAAGAGAGAGGAGGGAAAUUCCCGGAUCAUGCAAAAUUCGAGACAGAUGGACAUUUAGCGAUCGAUAAGAAUCUUUUUGCUUCGAUGGGAGUCGUAAUGCCCUUUGAUGGAGUCAUUUUUGGAGCUGGAAUCAAUAGGAGAGCCACUCUGUCUCUUCCACUGAAGCUCAAGUUUGAUUUGGAUUACAAGGAGAAGAAUUUGAACUUCAAAUGGACACCAGUCAAUCCGCAUGAGAUUUAUCACUUCAAGUACGAGCCCUAUACAUACGUCGAUUCCUACAUGAACAGUGUAGCUAAGCCUCUUGAAGAAGGAUAUUUACCAGUCAGACGACAGAGCAGAAAAGAGAUGAAAGAAAGCUUUUUCCAUGAUGCUUUAGGACAUGGAUUCGAUGUCUCUGCUAGGUAUGAAAAUGAAUUCAACGACAAAGGUUCUUGGGUUCGAUUCCUUUUCGAAAAAGAUUACAGAGAGAAGUUUUACUACAUGUAUGCCAACCCUAAUUUUGAACCGUAUGACGUGGAUAUUUCUUUCACCCAAGCUGCUGAGGAACCUACACGAGAGCUUGAAGCCAACUUUAAAUAUCAGUACUACGGUUCAGAAUUCGUCAGACCUGAAUUUGGUGCCGAGGGAUACGAAGAUUUGAAAUCACCAACUGAUCGAGGCGAACUCUGCAGCUGUUCAAUCGAGGGUGACAUAGUUCGUAGAGGUGACAGAGACAGAAAAGUAAAAGUAGCCCUAACUUGGACAAGGGACUUAGUUAGGUCUUACCACAAAGUUAACUUCUACUAUGAAAGAACACCUUUCUGGAAGAGUGAAACAAGAGUUCUUAAGGUAUGUGGCAGUAGUUCUCUCUUAUAUCCCAAAUACGACAUAGCAAAAGUAGCUACCUUGAAUACCAUUGGAAUUGAUCAUACUCUCAAAGGCGAAGUCAAACUUGGUUUUGGAAAGGAUUGUACGUCAGAUCAAAAGAUCAAAAUCCAAGGAGACUUUGUCACAACCGAUGAACAAAGACAUUAUGAAAGCAAGAGAGAAGUGCCUGAUACCCCUGAACAUUACAAUCCAUACGCUCAUUUCUACCAAGCGUGCGUGAAGGACAGGGAAAGAGGAAUUGACUUUGGCGAGAGCUGCAUGGAAUACAUCAAACUCAUAAGCACUGUACAUGGCUAUAACUUCCAUGUGAAACAUGAAAAUCUUUCACCAAGAUUCUUGAGAGUUGCUUACAGAAUUCACAACCUCAUUAAACAUAGUUUGUUUGUCUAUGGACUUCACAGUUAUGCAGAUAUUGACCCACAAGACCACUAUGCCCCACCAGGAGAAUUUCACUUGCACGCUAAUUUCUCCAUGAGAGCACCAGUCGCAGAUAUCAUGGUAAUGAAGCCCAGUACUGUUAGUCGGUACACUCAUGCUUACAUCCCCAUGUACAGGGGAUUGAGAUCUUAUCCUGUCUUCGAGGACAUGCAUGUCAAGAACUCUUUCAGUGAAGUGAACUGCAAGUUAGAAGGAAAUAACGUUGUAACUUUUGAUCGUUAUGAGUACUCACUGCCACCUAUUGAUUGUUACAAAGUUCUUACAAGAGAUUGCUCUCCUAAAGAAUUCUUCACCGUCCUAGCAACUAAAAUCACUCAUCCAAGGUAUAAAAAGGCUGUAAAGGUGUUUUUGGGCAAGCACAAGAUCGAAGCUCUCCCAGUAUCCGACGAUUCAGACAUUAUCAUCCGAGUCGAUGGCAAAAGAGUGUCAGUCACCAACACCGAGCCAUACUUGCACCGUGAAGGAGAACACCAACAUCCACCCCUCUUCUACGUUACAAAAAGGGACGUAUACUACGCUCUUCAUUCCGAAAAAUACGGCCUCAUCAUCGAGUACAACGGCUUCGGAAUCAUAGUACAAGUAUCACCGUACUACAGAAACAAACUGUGUGGACUUUGCGGCAACUACAACGGUCAGAAGUACGAUGGGUAUACAGAUGACAAAGGCUGUUUCUUUGAGAAUGAUGAUGCCCACGCAUAUGCUUACAGUAUUCCUUCUGACACUUGUUCUGUUCCUAAAAUAGAGCCAAAGUGCCCAACCGAAGGCGGAUUUGGAUGCACUAAACUAAGAACCAAAGUGGUCGAACUCUCAACUGGCAAGAUCCCUCAAUCUUGCUUCUCGUCUGAGCCCGUUGCAGAAUGUAGCUCUCACUGCAAAGCCAGGAGUUUGUCCAAAAAGAAAAUAUCAUUCCAUUGUUUGCCAUCCAAAGACGAUUCAACCAAAGAAUUCAUGAGACAAAAAGAACACAGAAUCAUCCACGAAGUUAGGAGGAAGAGCAAAGAUCACGAAGCAGAAGUCGAAGUACCCGAUGUCUGCCAAAAGGUUUAAGUACCUUAAGUACCUGUUUUAAGGCUUCAAUAACUCAAAUAUGUCUUUAGGUUCAAGAAAUUUAAAGAUUUCAUCCUAAGUGACCAUUAAAACAUAUUCACGUGUAAAAACUGAACUAAUGCAGCUCAAGCUUAUGUCAUUUUUCAAGUGCACCUUUUGAAUCAUGCGCUGUUAUACAGAGUCAAUGGCGGCGAAACUGUACAAAGUGUUAUAGUUAAAGCAUUUUAUUACAAUAGUUUUUAUAAUGUACAUAUUUCUUGCUAUUGAUUCAGAUAUGUUAUAAGUUCUUUUUAUUAUGUGUGAGUUAAACUACCAAUUUGAACUUAUGAAAUGUGGUGAAUGUUAAAUACUGAUUUUAAUUUUUUAUUAAUAUUGAAAUCAUUAUAUGCAGAAUUAUGGUUGUUUCAUGUAAAUCUUAUUAUUCGAAUACAGAACUAAUGCAAUUCAAAUAAAAAUUUUAAGUAAUGCCAAAUUUAAUGAGAAUUAAUGUAUAAAAUGGAUGAGAAACAAUGUUGUACAAGCAAGUUUAAUAUGCCAUCAAUAUUUUUACAUUCCUAAUAAACCUGCUUUUGAAUAAAA